AACAUGUCGAGCUGUCCCCUUAGAGAAUUCAUUUUCAAAAUGGGAUCUUUUCCGAGUCGACUUCACGAUGGUUGGAAAACAGAAGAUAAUUCAGAACGUGCUGUGGUAUACUUCAUACCAGAUAACAUCCACUGUAGGCGGAGAUUGUGGAGAUUGAUGGGGAGCGAAACGGCAGACCUCACAAGCGCCCGCUACAUGGACGCUCUGGCUCAGAAAGUCCACCAGGAGUAUGAGGAGAAGCUGAUAGAACGGGAGCGGGAGCUAGCGCAGAAUGAGGUCCGGCGGGAGCGGGAUCUGAUCAUUCGUGGGCUCAUCCCGGAUCCCGAGGAGCACAAGAAGCGCCAGACCAAGAGGGGCUCAUGGGGCUCCCUUCGGAGGCACAAAGUGAGGACGAAGAAGGGGUCAUCAAGUGCGAGGCCCCCUCAUCCGAAAGAAAAUAUGCCAGAGGGGAUUUCGAGCUACCAGAAAAGGAUAUUGUGCUCUUCAAAUUUUCGCGACUUCACCGAUGAAAUAGGUUCAGGCUCAUCUAGCACAGGAACUAAUAAUGAAUCGUCGGGAUCGAGACGAGCUUCGCGCGAAGGGACAAAACCCAGAUCCUCGGGGAAAUAACUUGUCAACAAACCUGUAAACAGAUCAUCGUAUCAAGUUUUCAAAGUAUUUUAAAGCUGCAUUCCCUAGUCACGUAUACCGUUACAUUCGCAGAGCUAUUUCAAUUUCCCACUUAAAAUUUCAACAUGCCAAGGUCAAUAUUCUACACAAAAAGGAAAGCUUGUUUAAUUUGUAAAUAUAUUUUUGUAUAUACAUUUUGUAAAAGUAAAGGAUGAUAUUGAGCUUCCAGUCUGUAAUAUGAUAAUA